AUGAAUGCAUCCGAGACAUCUAAUGGUAGUGGGAGGGACAAAGAGACCGUCAAAGUGGUUGUGCGUUGUCGACCCCUUUUUGGUAAGGAAUUAGUUGAAGGCCGAAAGUCAAUCGUUACAAUUGAUCAAGCAGCAGCAUUGAUUUCUUUGAAAUGUCCUGAUAAUGAUCAACAAAAGUCUUUUACUUUUGACUCGGUAUAUGAUGAAAACACUUCGCAGCGACAAUUUUAUGAUGAGUCGGCUUAUCCGUUGGUAGAAUCGAUCUUUGAGGGUUAUAAUGGCACAAUCUUUGCGUAUGGACAAACAGGAUGUGGUAAAACUCAUACAAUGCAAGGAAAAGAAUCACCUUCGGACCUACGCGGUGUCAUUCCUUUAUCAUUUGAUCACAUUUUUGAUACGAUUAAUGCUGAUACAAUGCGGGAGUAUAUGGUACGAGCAUCGUAUUUGGAAAUUUACAAUGAAGAUAUUCGUGAUCUUCUUAGUGACGAUACGAAAAGAAGACUUGAUUUAAAGGAGGCAGUGGAUGGUACGAUUUACGUCAAGGAUCUUACUGAAGUGGUAGUUCGAGAUGUGCAGUCUUUAAACAAAGUCAUGAACCGUGGACUUAAGAAUCGAACAAUUGGAGCGACUCUUAUGAAUGAAGGUUCGUCUCGCUCGCACUCUAUCUUUACAAUUGUAGUCGAAACAAAUGAAACGAGUGGUGGUCAAGAUCAUUUUAAAGCUGGAAAGCUAAACUUGGUAGAUCUUGCUGGAAGUGAGCGUCAAAGCAAAACUGGAGCUACAGGCAAUCGACUAAAGGAAGGAUGUAAGAUUAAUUUAAGUCUAUCAGCACUGGGCAAUGUCAUCUCCGCACUUGUAGAUGGCAAAGGAAAGCAUAUUCCAUAUCGUGAUUCGAAACUCACACGACUGUUGCAAGAUUCGUUAGGUGGAAAUACAAAGACGCUUAUGGUUGCUGCUGUUAGUCCAGCAGAUUAUAAUUACGAUGAAACUCUUUCUACACUUCGUUAUGCGAAUCGUGCGAAAAAUAUCAAGAACAAACCUAUCGUGAACGAAGAUCCGAAAGAUGCUAAGUUGCGUGAAUACAAGGAAGAAAUUGAGCGUUUAAGAAAAAUGCUCGAGAGUCAGUCACAGUCGCGAGACAACACUAUAAACCAUUCUAAUGUCGUCGAAACAUUUGCUUCUGACGAAUGUACAGAAUUGACAACGGACGGUCAAGAAAUUGCAAAGUAUCAACAGGAAGCUGCUGAGAUGUUUGCACAAGCGAAAUGUAUGAGAGAAGAGGCGAAUAUGUUACAGGCACAGAAUGAAGAACCACAACAAAGUUUUAAUGAAAUUAGUGAGGAGACGAUGAUUAAACCGAAAAGUACCGGAGUAUUGUCAAAGUUGUCGCCCCUUUUGAGUCUUUUUGGCAAGCAAGAGCAAGCAAGUAGUACAGAUUUAUCGGGAAAUACUAACAUUCAAGGAUCAAAUGCUGAUGAUUCUACAAUUCAAAAUAUCAUGCAAGAGGCGACACGAAUGGAUGCCGAGGCAAAAGAAAUGAUGGUAAGAGCUCAAAUCAUGAUGGACGAAGCUACGGAACGACAGUUGACAACGCAGAGUGAAGCUGUAAUGAAAAAUAAAAUUUCCGAUGCUUUUAUCAAGGAGCAAGAAGAACUGCGUCAAAUGAAUCAAAGUAUUGCAGAUCAACGGGAUCGGAUUGGCCAUGAGCUUGAACAAACCCAAGUGGCUAUGCAGAUAUCUUUGCGUGAGAAAGAAGCGCUACAUUCGAAGCUAAAGAAGAUUGAAAGCCAUAUUUUGGGUGGACCAUCGGGUCGAUCAUUGACACGUGAAUCUGGGAAUACUCAAGAUGCUGACUCUGAAAUGGCAUUGCUUAAACAGCAAGUGGAAUAUCGACGGGCUCAGAUCAAAUUACGUGAAAAAGCAAAGCUUCAAGCAAAGAACGAAGCUAUGCAACGAGCCCUUGCACUUGAAAAACAACAAGUUGAACAAGAACUCAAGUCAGCACAAGAAGCUGCACAAAUAAAAUUAGCUGCAGCACGGAAAAAGGAGCUGAAAUAUAAGUCAAAGUUGAAAUGUACACGACAAGAAAUUGCUGAUCUUUUUCGUGAGUUUGAACAAGAGCGGAAAACCAUGCUUGACACAAUUCGAGAACAGACGAAAGAAGCUAAGUUAUUGAAACAGCUUGUUGAUCUCUUCUUACCGCAGCUUGAACUGGUGAAAGUAUGGGAACGAUCUGUCUGGAGCGAAGAAAGAGAUGAGUGGAAUUUGCCAAAAAUUAAGCCACGAAGUGAUUUUCAUGUGAUUAAACUUCCGACCUUGGCGAACAAUGGUGAGGGUGAAACUGGAGGGGCUGAGGUUGUAUCAGAUGACGAAGUUAAAGAUCGAGAAGGUUCGGCUGGCGGUACUGGGUACUGUAGCGAGCGCUCGUCGGUAUCUACCGCAAGUUCAAAGAGAAGAAAGAGUGGCGCUUUUCGACAGCCAUCACGUGCUCAUGUGAGCAGUCCUUACAAUGAGGAUCGUUUGAAAGUACACUCAGGCUCAAUUUUCUCACGAAGUGAAGCUCAGCACAUCAGUCAGUCUGACACUAAAACGACGAUUGUGACUGUACGAGGUAUGAGUCCGCAUAACAGCUCAAAUAGCUCUAAGGAACGUCGAAAACACAAAGACAAGAGUCCUGAGGCGUUGGAAUUGUCAAAAACUGUACCUUAUAGUGAAUCACAAGAAGGUCAGGAUUCUCAAAUUGUCAGCACAUAUAAAGCUCAAUUGGAUCGUUUUACUUAUAGAGACGAUCGAUUGGCGAUCACAGAACAUCAGUCACGUGAUCGUUUGCAAUCUCGUCAUGGAUCAAGACCGAAUUCGCGACAGGAGGUAAACACACGAUGUGCAACUUCGAAUGGCGAGUUCAGAGCCGCAGUUGGUCAAUUACAGACAUCCCCUCCAUCGCUUAUCGCGGAUUCUAUGAGAAACAAGAUUGAGUCGUCUGGUCAAGAAGAGAGUCGACAUCGUUAUCACAUUCAAAGAGGACGACAGGAGAAGCGACAACAAGACGAAGCUGGGGACGACGAAUGGGUCGAGGUCAGUAAUACAAGACUAUCUCCUCUUACAAAGAAGAAAAAAAAUAGGCAUCUGAAGAAAAAAAAGGAGGGGCGGAAUAAGGCAGAGUUUCAUACUGAAGAUGGCACAGCAGAUUCGGUCGAUGACCAUGUCUCUUUGCGAUGUCGCUAG